CGGCAGACACAGAAGCCAGUAACGGCACGGCACACGGCCGAGCAGGAUCGGAAAAAUCUCACCGCAAACACAGUGCACCGACGGUUACCGUUUCCCCCACUCACCCGUUCCUCCCUGCGCUCUAUACGCCGCGUGACACGUGGAGAGCAAGAAGCGUCGUCGUCGUCGCCUACUGUUUGGUUCUAUUUAUUGCGGACGGGGUUCAUCAGAUUUUAACGACCAAAAUUAGUGGUUUGUAGUGGGACAAGAUCACAUCAACGAAGCGUGAAGACCCCCCGUUAUUAUAGCCAGUGCGACAGCGUGAUAAAAGUGCAUCCAGUGUAUGUGUGUGCAAUGCAGCGCACAGCGAGUGUGGCCGGGACAUUGCAUAACGGAUAAAAAAUAGGUGCCUCUGCCACCCAAAAUCCACUCCACCCAGGCCGAACGUGGCUGUUGUGGCCCUUUUCCCCGGGAAACACGUGGAGAGCAAGCCGGGCCUACAAUUUAACGACCCGCUUACACACCUGCAAAAACGUGCUCGGCCGGCAGCUCGGCUCGGGAGCAAAUCGAUCAUACUACAAAAUGCAUUUCCGCACACUGUCGUACAUAAUCGGUUGUGCUGUUGCAUUUACCGCCCUCGGUCUACCGUCUGUCGAAUGUGGCAAGAUACUGUUCCUCGUCCCAUUCCCAGCACCAUCCCACUGGCUGUGGAUAGAGCACUUCGUCAAGGAGCUGCUGUCCCGGGGGCACGAGGUAACGGCGAUCACUAACUUCCCUGCGAAGGAAGCGCACCGCAACUACACGGAAAUACUGAUCGAUCCACCGUACGAUAUACCUUACUACUUUCCCGUGUCGGAUAUCUACGAUUCGAAGUACAACAGUGAUCUUAACAACCUGUUCCUCUACUGGAGGGUAGGCAUCUCGACGACACAGUACGCGCUGGAGGACGAGAAUGUGCAGCAGUUCAUCGAGCAGGACGAUACGGACUUUGAUGUGAUCAUCUCGGAGCAGUUCUAUCAGGAAGCGUUCCUCAUGUUUGCCCACAAGUACCGGGCGCCGAUCGUGACGCUCUGCACCCUUGGGCAUGCAAAUCACAUCGAUCAAGCGAUGGGACUCGUUACACCGUGGUCGUUUGUUCCUCACCCAGUACUGCUGCUGUCCGACGAUAUGACAUUCUCCGAACGGUGCUACAACUUUUUGAUCUCACUGGCCGAUCUGGUGAUACGGCAGCUUUACUACAUCCCCCAGCAGAACAGGCUCGCUCAGACACACUUUGCCAAAAUUGAAGGUCCCGAGCUGAUGCCUUCGAUUCGAGAUCUCGAAAAGUCCAUCUCUGUGAUACUGGUCAACAGUCACCUGUCGACGUCACCCCCGCGACCCACCAUCCCUGGCCUGGUGAAUGUGGCCGGCGCACACAUCAAGCCGGCAAAAGAGCUACCCGACGACAUCCGGAAGUUCCUGGACGGUGCCAAAGAGGGCGUCAUCUUCUUCAGCCUCGGCUCGUACAUGAAGAGUGCCGACAUGCCCAAGGACAAGAUGAAAGCGUUCCUGGAGGUGUUCCGCAAUAUCAAGCAGCGCGUACUGUGGAAGUACGAAAACGAGGACGUUGCCCGGCUGCCGAAAAACGUGAUGGUGCGCAAGUGGCUACCCCAAAGCGACAUCCUAGCCCACCCGAAGGUGGUACUGUUCAUCACGCACGGCGGUAUGUUUGGCAGCCAGGAGGGCAUCUACCGCGGAGUGCCCAUGCUGUACAUACCGUUCUACGGGGAUCAGCAUCGCAAUGCGCUCAAGGCGGAGCAGGCAGGCUACGCACUGACGCUCAACUUCCCCGAGGUGAACGUCAUCACGCUCGGUUCGCGCAUUAACGAGCUGCUCACGAACCCGACGUUCAUGAAGCAGGCAAAACGGGCGUCGGAACUGUUCCGGGACAAUCUCGUGCCGCCGAUGCAGGAAGCGAUGCACUGGAUCGAGUACGUGAUGCGGCACAAGGGCGCAAAGCAUCUGAAGACGCGCGCGAUCGACCUGUCCUGGACGCAGUACCUGAUGGUGGAUGUAGUCGGGUUCUUUGCGCUCGUGUUUCUGCUCGCGGCGGUCGUGUUUUACAAAGUGCUGGGGCUGUUCCUGACACCACCGAAGCCGAAAUCGAAACCAAAGACCCGGGACAUGAUGCUCGGGAUGAGGAAGCCGAAGUUAAACUAUAACGCCGCUCCCGAUGUGGUUCGCCUUGGUGAUAUCAACUUGGACGACGACUCGGACGACAAGUAUGCGCAGCAGCUGAAGAUUGUCGAAAUUAUACGCCACCCGGAGCACCGGUUUAGCUCGCGGUAUCACGAUUUGGCACUGUUACGUCUGGAGAGGAACGUUACCCUGCACGACACGGUGGCUCCUGGGUGUCUGUGGAACGAUGAGGAGAUUCCCUUCCCCUCGAUGGAAGCUACCGGCUGGGGAUCAACUGGCUUCGGUCAAGCGAAAACUCCAAUACUGCUCAAGGUGUCGCUCAGCCUUGUCCCAAAGUCCACCUGCGAUCAGCAGUACCGGAAGGGUGAUCGGGGUUUGAGGCAGGGUUUGCAGGACUAUCAACUCUGCGCAGGGGACAUCAAAAUGGACACCUGUCCGGGAGAUUCUGGUGGUCCGCUGCAGAUGAAGCUGCUUGCCAAUGCGAAGAUGACACCGUUCAUUAUUGCCGUCACAUCGUUCGGCAGUGUUUGCGGACAGUCGACGCCCGGAGUGUACAUGAAGGUGUCGCCCUACAUUCCCUGGAUACGUUCGGAGCUGGCAAAGCGGGGAGAGCUGAUAAGGGAGUGGAGCUUUAAACCAUAUGCUUGCGCAUUACGGUACGUACACCUGCGAGAGUACGAGGAUGACGUAGUGAUGGGCAAAAGUGAUACGUUUGAGUCACUCGAUUCUACCAAGGCACAUAUGAACAUCAUCUCAUCGGUACAGACGGUCAAACUCCACUACCCAGCGGGUACAAACGGACCGGACAACUGUUACGGUGUAAUCAUCGAUGAGGACACCGUUGUAACGCUUGCCCACUGUGCCGCUGUCCAAAGAAUGACUGCAUCUCAUAUAGCCGAUCAGAACGGCACGCGAAACGAGGUGGUUAAGGUGCACCGCCAUCCCCAGUACAGACCGAACUCGUACGACAAUGAUAUUGCUCUGCUGAAGCUAAAGAAUCGGUACGAGUUUUCGCGUGACUUCGUUCCUGCGUGCAUCUGGAGCGAGUUCAAGCUACCCGAUCCAAGGUUUUACGUCACCGGGCAGGGUCGGAUGGAUUUGAACAAAUUCAGCUACGGUGACACACCUAUUACCGAGUUUCAACCACAGAUCGUUCAACUAGCCCCUAGGGCAGACCUUCAACUGUCCAACUGUUCCUUCCCGGAUGAAUACCAAAAGGGGCUAGCCAAUGGGCUCACCCAAGAGCAUCUGUGCUUCGGCAACAAACCGUUCCUGGUGCCGGAAUCCUGCCAGAUGCAAAUCGGUGCCCCACUGUGGCGUCGCGUUUGGCGCAUGGAGCGUCACUUUGAGCACAUCUACGCGCUGAACCUGUUCGGCAAGGAUUGUGGCUUUGGACGGUCGGCGGUUGCGACCCGGUUGGGUUACCAUCACGAGUGGAUGCGUUCGGUCCUGCUGCCAAACUACAAAGAGCGGGACGAUUCGGUACUGUUCAUCAACGGUGAUCUGUAUCAGUACGAUCACUGUAAGGCGCCCGAUGGCAGCGAAGGACUUUGUACGCCGGUGCAACGCUGCCCGAAGAUUGCGUACGAUGCGCAGGUAAAGCGUAACGUACGGCUCUGCAGGGAUGGUUCGCUCGUCUGCUGCCCGUACGAGUACGUGCGCAAUGAAACGCGCCCGAGUGCGGACGCACGCGAGUUGGAUGAGUGCGAGACCCGAUACAGAGCGUUCCACAGCGAGUAUCAGCGGUGGCAGCAGGAUCGGAUCGGUACUUACUAUCACAUGGUUUACGUCGGAUGGGAAAAAGGACGACAAACGGAAUGGAACUGUCCCGGUACGCUGGUCAGCCGCAGCCUGGUGGUACUGUCCGCCUACUGUCUGUCCGGUUCCGGCACACUUCCAACGGUGGUGAACGUUGGCGCAGGGAAUCCGAACGACACCUGGAACAAUCCUGUGAUCGCACGCAUCCGCGAGGUCAUCAUUCAUCCGAACUAUAACGCCACCUCGCUGCUGAAUGAUAUUGGGCUGGUGCGGUUGGACAAGGAGAUCGUACCAACGGCAAUGAAGUAUCCGAUUUGCCUGUAUCAGAAUGAAACACACACACCGUUCCUGCUUUACCGGAUGGUAAUAGAUAAUGGAGAAUCACAGCUCGUGUCGAGCUAUCCCAAGUACAACAGCGACUGCAAGGAGUAUCUGGGAGUGCACGGAGUCCGCCAGCUGUCCUCCGCCGAGCUGUGCGUGGACGUCGACUCGGACGAUCCUCGCUCGCUGACGGGUGAUCCGCUCGUCUGGUACAAACGACGGGCGGCGGACAACUCCUCCACCCAGUACUUGGUCGGGCUAAUAAGCUACGGCAACUCUCAGCAGCAGCUGUUUGUGCAUACGCGCAUCUCAGCGUACGUCGGCUGGAUCAAAAGUCUGCUGCUCUGGAGGCAGCGACAGAGUGAAACCAUGUGGCUGCGAAUCACUUUUGCCGGCUGUUUGUUCCUGCUCGGCGGACUGCUGUCCAGUGCCGAUGGGUACAGGAUACUGUUUCUUGCCCCCUUUCCCGGUCCGAGCCAUUGGCUCAUGCUGAAGCACUUUAUACGCGAGCUGACCGAUCGGCAGCACGAGGUAACGUGCAUAACGAGCUUCCCGUACGGUGAACCGCUGCCGAACUACGAUGAAGUGCUGAUCGAUCCACCGUACCCGAUACGGGAGACAUUCCCAGUAGAGGGUUUGUUCGACGCAAGCCAAACGUCGGACUUUGACAAGCUGAACAUGUACUGGGACCUGGGCCUCAACACCAGCGAGUACGGGCUGCAGUCGGCAAACGUGCGCCAGUUCAUUGCGCGUACCGAUCUCACGUUCGAUCUCGUCGUCGCCGAGCAGUUUUUCCAAGAAAGUUGGCUCAUGUUUGCGAACAAGUACAGUGCACCGAUCGUGACCAUCAGCACGUACGGCUAUUCGGACUUUUUCGACCAGAUCAUGGGCCUGCGGACACCGUGGUCGUUCGUGCCGCACAUGGUACUGUCCUACACCGACAGCAUGAGCAUCGACGAGCGGGCGUACAACUUUGCGCUCUCGCUGUACGAUCGCUUUUGGCGCUACUGGUGGUACCUUGGGUGUCAAGACAGGAUAGCGUGGAGUGCGUUUGGCAUCAACUUCCUCGGGACGCGCGUAUCCGACCUGGAACAGUCCAUCUCGGUUAUACUGGUCAACAGCCAUCCGGUGUUGAGCAACCCGCGGCCCACCAUGCGCGGACUGGUGGACAUCGGCGGUGCGCACAUCCGGCCGCCGGCACCACUACCCCACGAGCUGGCCGAGUUUAUGGAUGGGGCGCGCCACGGCGUCAUUUACUUUUCGCUCGGUGCGUACAUGCAAAGUGCGCUGAUGCCGGUGGCCAAGCGUACCGCGAUACUGCGCGCGUUCGGUGCGCUCGAGCAGCGGGUGGUGUGGAAGUUCGAGGACGAUCGUAUACCGCCCGGGGACAUACCGCCGAACGUGAUGGUACGCCGGUGGGCACCGCAGAACGAUAUUUUGGCCCACCCGAACACGGUACUGUUCAUCUCGCACGGUGGCCAGUUUGGCACGUUCGAGGCGAUGCAUCACGGCGUCCCGGUACUCUUUGUGCCGUUCUUUGGCGAUCAGCACCGCAACGCGGACCGUGCCGUUAGGGAGGGCAUGGCGCAGAAGAUGAGCUUUGAGAACAUUAGCGAGCAUACGUUCGGGCCGAUGGUAAGGCGUAUGGUUGAGCGGGAAAGCUAUCGGGUGAGGGCGAAGGAAAUAGCGCACCUCUUCAGGGACCGGCUGGUGGAACCGAUGGAGGAGGCACUGUACUGGAUUGAGUACGUGGCGCGGCACAAGGGUGCACCGAGGUUAAAAUCGAAAGCGAUACACUUAAGCUGGUAUGAGUACUAUUCGCUCGAUCUUGUGCUCUGGCCGGUGCUGCUUAUACUAUUCUUGCGCUGGAUGUACAUGACACCAAACUCCACGCGUAAAUUGUACUAUAAACUGCGAAGCAUUAUUCGGUUCCCGCACACACUGCACUAUAAGUAUCAUGCCUUUCUCCGGUACUGCCGUCAAGUGACCGAAAACCUGCUCUGGAUCAAGCAAGCACCCAACCAACGGAAUCGCCGUCGAGUGUACUAUCGCCAAGAUUAAAUUGAAUACACUCCGCGCAUAAUCGUUCUCGAUAACUGUACUCUCUCUUUAGUGUGUUUCUUUUGCUACAAAUAAAGGUAAAAAUCUAAA